AUGGAGAAAUCUACGAGACGAGAUGAUUCGAAGGAGGAGAAUCUGAUGAGACCUGUUCAUCAUCGUAUUCCCAAUUCCGUUGCUGCUUUUCUUCCUGCUCACAAGUUGAAGAUGAUGGUCCAUAAAGUUGUUGAUAUUAUUGUGCUUGCUGAAUCUGUGGGUUAUGAUUUCAGUUUACUGAUUCAAUUCGAUUUCAAAACUAUGGUAAAGUUGUGUUGCUGGGAGAAGAACAAAGGGGAGUUGCUGGUGAAUCUGCAAGGAAACGAGAGGGAAAAGGAAGAAGAUGAAGCCAUGGGUACCAUCAAGGAAGCCUGUACUCAUGUUGGUAUUGCCAAAUAUGGACGACCAGUUGGAUUAGAUGAAAAGAUGAAGAUAGAUCUUAUUGUUAUUGGAUCUGUUGCCAUUGACCCGACAACAGGUGCUCAAUUGGGAAAGGGAGAGGUAGCUUAG